GGGUUCCUAUUACAAUUCCUAUUACAAGUUUGUUGACUUUGUUAUUUGAAGGAGUAUAGAAUUUGACAUUAUUAAUAAUUAUUCACUACCACUACUACGCACAGUGCCAAUUUAAAAGCAGUGGUUGGUUAUAAUACUUUCAUGUGUUGUAAAAAGGAAGCUUGAACAAAAGUAGUUGUCCUUGUAUGUCGGAAAUUCUUUGAACUUUCUUCGUCUUUUUAUUCUCGUGUUGCGGUUUAUAAUGGCAACAAGAGCAAUUAUCACCAUGUCAGAGCGGGCGAUGGAGUGCCCAGUAUGCCUGGAGACUAUGACGCCACCUAUCCUGCAGUGUCAACGAGGCCACAGCCUCUGCAGCCGCUGCACAAGCCGCGGCCUCGCACAGUGCCCUAUCUGCCGUUCACCUAUGACGGAUAUGAGGAACUGGGCUUUUGAAGAUAUCAUUUCAAAGGUGAAUACACCAGCCCCGGCGCCCACGCCAGCAGCACCGUCGUCCAAACUGCUCUGCCCCAACAAAGACGCGGGCUGUGGGUUCACAUUUAGCCAAGCCAAGGCUAGCGAGCUAAACGAUCACGCCAAUGAGUGCAUCUUUAGAGACAUGCUGUGCCCGCUAGGUGCCGCCUUCAGUAACUGUUUCUGGAUAGGUAAACUCAAAAACAUGAUGGAUCACUUCAAACAGAGCCACCCGUCCAGUUGCGAGAUAGUCUCCGGCGUCGACACAGAUCUCGACCUCCCACUCACACAAGACCUGGUUAAGGUCUACCUCGCUGCCACCGGCAACAUGCAUUUCAUCAUCACCAUGAAGAUAGACAAAACCACCAACCUAGCCUCCUGGGCUGUCCAACAUAUCGGCAGUAAGAAAAACGCUCGUCUCUACACAUACGAGAUCUACCUAACUAGCAAGCAAGAUGUUAGGCGGCGUUCAGUGUUAGUCGAACACUGCGUCAAUGAUGUAGUGGAGCCUUUAGAUAUCAUUAGGGAAGGGAAAUGUGCAGUUUUGCCUUUGAAAAUGCUGUCGCAUUAUGUGACGGACAAUAAGGUUACCUUUAAGUUAGUUAUUAAGAAGGUGCCUCCUACUUUGUGAAGUAGCCGUUCCUAAAUUAGUCAUUAUAUGUAUUUUAUAUGACAAAAGAAAUAUUUUAAUAUCUAGUUUAGAUAUGCACAUAAGAGACAUAAGUUUGCUGAAAUGAUGUGCCUCACUAGAGUUAAAUGUACAUUGCAUGAUUUGCAUGUAAGCACAACGAGUAUAAAAUAGUACAUUACGAUACAAGUGCGUAAAAAAGGAAGUUCGAAACGGGUGGCGAUAAAUUAAAACACGACCGAAUGGAGUGUUUUAAAUCGACACGAGUGUUUUUUUUACGCACUAG